CUGACGGAACUCUGAUAAAUGUGAAAAAAUUGCCAAUCAAAAUAAACGUUCAACCAUGUUUUUCUACCAUGUUAUUUUUGGGAAGAAUAUUUGAUUCUGAGUUCGGACAUAAAGCUUUAAUGUGAAAACUACUUCUAAACACCGAUUUAUGCAGAGGAGUAUUUAAAAAAAUAAAUAAUAAUGUAUUCUUUUUUUAGUUUUUGCCCAAUCUGAUUGGGUGGGCCUGGCAGUGCCUGGCUCCCCAGUGGGUCCACCCAGGCCCACCCAUGCCUUCGCCCCUGCUUAGAAUUAGUUUUCACAUAUAUCCUUUAUAUGUCCAAACUCAGAAUCAAAUAUGCUUCCGAAAAAUAAAGUGGUACAAUGUUUAUUUUGAUUGGCGAUUUUCUGCACUUAUCAGAGUUCCAUCAGGUAGCCUGAUUUCAGAUGUGUCCAUGCAAACAGGAUUAUUAGGGAAAUCGUUCUUCUUGCAAAGCAUGUAAACGUUUUCAUCAAACUAUUAUAUUAAUCUGACUAUCCACAAUAAUCACAUUAUUGUGUGCAUGUAACCGCACUCACUGUGAUAACCCCCACCCCAAAACCAUACACACAUCUGAAUCUAAUAAUUGGAAUAUUUCUGUCUAUAAUUUGUAUUAGUAGAGUUAUUACAUAUUACUGCUAGAUAUGCUGUUACUACUGUUAUUUGAACCCGAUUUAUGCAUGAUCUGGCAAUGUGCACCGGAAGCACCGUAUGGAGGGUGUGACACGCAUUUGCGGAGCCUCGGGAGGCUUGCAUAGGCCAAAUCAAGCUCCAUACCACAUCGUCAUUGCUUCCCCAAAAAAACGUUUACAAUGCAGAGGGCUCUGUAUAGCUCCGCAUUGACAUAAUUGGUUGAUGGCUCUGCGCUGCUGAGCGAAGCUCUGACUUCUGCAGAGGCCCGGGUCGCAGUAAAUGCUGUAUGUCCAAAACAGACAGCAGCGUGACCAUACAUUCGUUUACCUCAUGGAAAAGCAGAUGCUCGAUAUGACGGAUGGUUACAUGUCCACAAACUCUAACACCACCCAUUGGUGUAACGGUAAACAGGGCGUUUUUACAAGCCCAUCAUGAAUCUCAUUGGCUCUGCAAAGAGAAGGACACAACGAGCGUCGUUUGAAUUUUGAGCUUGUCCUUGGGUCACGGAAAAUAUGAGUGUCAAAAAGUUCUUCACAUAAUAUUUUGUAUCGGCUGGCGUGUGGCUUUAACGCAGUGUUGUGAACUAGUAUUGGAGGAUGCCUCGUCGCGAUCCUGACAGCUCUUCUGCAAGCCGGCGCAAGGGUGCAACACCCAAGCGUCGGCCUCCAGCCCCAACCGCGCCUGCUUCAACAUCACCGGCAGCACGGCUGAGCGGACCAUCAGCCCCUGCAGGUCCAGCUCCCUCCCUGAAAAAUAAGAGGAGGUUUCGCCCUGGCACCCGAGCUCUGAUGGAAAUUCGAAAGUACCAGAAGAGCACUGACUUGCUUUUGCGCAAGGGACCGUUUGCGCGCCUGGUUCGGGAGGUGUGCCAGACGUAUAGCAGGGACUUCAUGAGAUGGCAGGUGUAUGCUCUUCUGGCAUUGCAGGAGGCUGCAGAGGCUUUCCUCGUUUUACUGUUUUCCGACGCUUACCUGUGUACCAUCCACGCCAAGCGUGUAACGCUAUUCCCCCGUGACAUUCAGCUUGCCCGGCGAAUUCGAGGAGUGGAUAAUCUCUGAGAACACUCACAUGAGCCAUUGAGGAGCGAGCAGUGUGGCUUGGGGUGGGCCUGUUAUAGCCUAUUUUUAUAACCUCAGUAUAUUCUAUAACAAAAUUCUCACCCAGGCAAGGACUGUUGACCAAUGUUUUGAUUUUAGAAAAAAGUAUUUUUAUACAUUGAAGGAAAAACACUGUUGGGUAUACUGCUUUAGUUCAUCUGUGUUUUGGUCCUCAUACCACCUAAGACAAGUUAGUAUAGUGGUCAAAUAUGAGAUUUACUGUAAAUAAUGUUUUAAUGUUGGAUUUCAAUAAAUGUUUUUAUUCGGUAGGAAAAACUA